UACGGCUGUCGAUUUUUGUCUGGCGGCGUGGAAUCAUUUUGUGUCGCUUUUUCUUGCUGUUCGCACGAGCACGAGCACGAGCAUGAGGGUUUUUCAUCUGCCGCUUUUCCGAUUGUGUUCUGUUCCGAUGGUUUGUGAUGCCAGAGUGGACGUGGUCUUCAUCCGGCGACUUGGGGAUGCUGUCAUGUAUUGGUUGUGGAAGUGAGGAGUCAAAAAGGGCUGUUUUAGAUAGGUAGGUAGGUAGCAAAAACGUCCACUUUGUGCUCAUCGCACUGGGUUUAGUUUUGCAAAAUCAAAUUUUUAUUCAGAAUUGCUACAAGAAGAUAAAGAAAUUUUGCGUUUGUGGACCUGGACCAGGCAUGUGACACGGCAAGCAGAGGUGGUAAACUGAUGCUAAGGGAGUUGAAAGGCGAACUCCUCACUCUCUCCUAUAUUAUUGACAAGUGCUGCUAUUGAGCAAAGGAAGUGGAGGCACACGGUAGAGGUAGGCAAUAGUGGGGGGGGGCAAACAAGACAAGUUGUUGCGGAUACAUUCAAGAAGCAGAAAUCAGGACUAGCCAGGCAAGGGGGACGAUGGAGGCGGCGGCCGGAGUCCAUAUACCAGCCAGUGGUGUAGAGUCCACCACAUUUAUCGAGGUACCGGAAAGUCAUCCUCCGAAUGAACCUUCAGAAACGGAAGCUGCUCGAAGUGAUCCGCAGUCGUUGCUGAGGCUUUAUGGAUCAACUGUACAGGAGAUCGACCGGCAUGGGCAGUCCGUCCUGACAAUUGUCAUUGGGUUUGCGACCAUUGCAGCGGCUGUUCUUGCAGUCACUCCAACGUCGUGGUUCCUGAAGGAUUAUGAUGACAUGUGCUGCACUAAGGUGGACACCUCAGGGAGGUGCUGUUUCGGUGUAGAAGAAAGGCUUAGGGCUCCAUGCUGCAAUACAACGGCCGGACGGGAACAAAUCUAUGUUGUGCAAUGGGCCUCAGGGAAUUGGAGUGACACAAGGUGUCGCGUUGCACAAUCGGCGGUGCUGUUUCGGAGGAGCGGAAAGGCGAUUUUCUUAUGCCUUGGGAUAGCAACCGCCGCUGUUGCCUUUUAUGUAACCAUGAAGAUACCGCCAGCUGUAAUUGCGUGUGAGCGCAGACGGCUCAUUGAGCUGCUUGUGUUCGAACACAAGAAAAGAGCUUUUCACUUCUUCUGGCUCAGAAAGGACUACCUACUCGCCAAUGUGUAUUACCGUUUUUUCCUCGACUCCUUCGGCAUGAUGACACUCCUCCUGGUUGUGUGCUUUUCCAUGUCACUUUGUGUGUGCCUGGAAAACUAUUUUCAAGAAGCCAAAUUCUGUGACAUGCAUCAAAGGUCGUUAACUUGGUCGAAUAUUUCCCAGUAUCUCUGGGUAAUGAUCCUCGCCUUCGGCGUGUUAUUCGUUUGGAAUGCAUUUUCGGUACGCAAGUGGUGGCAUAUAGAGAACAAGAGAUACCCGUUCCUGAUUAAACAUGUUAAACAUGUUUGUCUUAGCGAUGGAAACCCAGAUUGUGGCAAUAGGGUCGCACAGUCAGCUCCUGGCCAUGACGGGGGGAGGUUCAGAGCAAAGAUCACCAGAGUAUGGAAACCUAUGCUGGUGUACUGGCAUGGUUGUGCUCAUUUUGGAGUUAGUAGAGUAAACAGCCUCUCUAAAGAUGAAAGUGGGCCGUAUGGACAGAUUCGGUCAUAACUCCAACCUCUGUGCAUUAAUCACUUUUCUGUCUGCCUCUUUGUGCGUGUAUCCAUGUGAGUGAGAGGGGUCUGGGGGGCCAGGGGAGAGAGAGAGAGAGAGAUGGUUUCCUGCCUGACAAUGUCCAUCUUAGAGUUUGGAACUUAGAAGUUAAGAGUACAGCUAGGUCAUUUUUGCAGUUUUGUAUUUUCUUUUUUAAAGGCAGGUAUUGUUUCCUUUUUGCCCUGAAAGCAUGUAGACUAUAACAUUAUUUUACGCACGCGACUAUAACAUUAUUUUACGCAUGUGACUAACAUUAUUUUACGCAUGUGAAUCUGUAGGGUUUUGAAGCCAUGAUUUGUUUAUGAACAGCUACAUGUGUGCCGUUUAGCCAUAUAGGCCGCGUGGUGCAUUUGCACUCAAUCAUGUCUGAUUCUUCUCUUUUUCUUCUUUCCUUUUUUCAGCAAACCUAACGUUCUUCGUUUCUUCUUGAUAACAUCGAGGCCGGGGACUUCAUAUUUCCACUCGGGCAAAUACUGGGAGCCGUAAUCACCUUAGAUUUAUCGGUGAUCUCACCUUCGGUCUUCUGUAACUGCUGCAAAGAACCAGUGGCAAAAUCCACACCGAACAAGUCUACGGGUCUUUACCGAGUCUUUAGCUGUUGGUCGUGUCAAGUUCCAAGGUUGAAAGCGGCACCCACAGCCUCAGGAGAGGCGCCAGAAAGUCCGUACGUUGGUAGGCCUGAGGUCAGAGGUCACAAUGAGGUACUUAAGGCCUCCAAAGUCAAAAGAAGGCACUAGGAAAAAGUCAACAGUCUGGCCCAGCAUGGGCGUCGCAGCAAAGAGUUGAAGAUCUUGCAGGCUCGGCCACAGAUCUCACAGGCAUCCAAAGGCGCAGUGCAGUUUCCAGAACAUUCCAAGGCCCGCCACGCCAUCGGCAGCAAAUCUUGGCCACUCAGAUCAAGAAAUCUCAGCCUUUUGAGGAGGCAGGCCAGGGCAGUCCGAGUUGACACUACGUCAGAGCGUUCUGCCCCAGCCCAUUGAUUCAUUUUGCCUUGCGCUGCCUUGAGGCUGGAGAGCUGCGUUCAGAGAGGUACCCCAGAGUGAGGCAGACACAAAGACAGCGAGCAAAGCUUGGCAGCUAUAGCGAGGGGAUAGACAGUGCCCUGCACCAUGCCUUACGGGCAAAGUGAGAGUGACACUGUGAGGCUUGAGGGAAGAUCAUUACCUGUGCAGAGCGGUGAGUUGUGUGUGUGUGUGUGUGUGUGUGUGUGUGUGUGUGUGUGUGUGUGUGUGUGUGUGUGUGUGUGUGUGUGUGUGUGUGUGUGUGUGUGAGUGAUAAGGACAGGUGGCUACCAGCCUACCGCGACGCUAAUCGCGGCGAGCUGUGUUUUAAAAUGCGAUAAGAAUC